AAGAGGCAGAACAACUAAACCACACCUGGCUACAUGCAGACCACUCACAUCAGUUGGAGGAGCAGGUUGGGAAGCAAAAUGGCACUUCUCCUGAGCGUCCUCUGCACCUUGUGCCUGGUUGGGCAAGUUCUCGGCCAGGCAGACAUGCCUUAUGAAGAAUUCCUGGCCCAGGUGACGGCCUGCCCUAAAGAGUGUCGCUGCCCCCCUAACUUCCCUCGUGCUGUCUACUGUGACAAUAAAGGCCUGAAGACCAUCCCCAAUAUCCCUCCACACACAUGGUAUCUCUACCUGCAGAACAAUCUAAUUGAAGUCCUGUCAGCAGACCCUCUGCGUAACGCCACACAGCUGCGCUGGCUGAACCUAAACCACAACAAGAUCACCAGCGAGGGAGUGGAAGAAGGUGUCUUAAGUAAAAUGUCUCACCUGGCACACCUCUACAUGGAUGACAACCUCUUGUCCUCUGUGCCGUCUCCCCUGCCAGUCACUCUGGAGCAUCUACGUGUCUCUCGCAAUCGCAUCUCCAAGAUCCCUGCCGGUGUCUUCAUCGGUCUCGAUAAGCUCAACCUGUUGGACCUCCAGGGGAACAAGCUGAUGGACGAUGCGGUGACUGAGGUGAGCCUAAAGGGUCUCAACAACCUGGUGCAGAUUAACCUAGCCAAGAACCAGCUGAGUAACAUGCCUCUUGGCUUACCACCCACCACCACCCAGCUUUAUCUUGACGGCAACAACAUUGAGAAGAUCCCAGCCGGCUACUUCAAAGGUUUGCCAAAAGUGGCAUUUCUGAGGCUCAACCACAACAAGCUCGGCAGCAAUGGAGUUCCCACAAAUGUGUUUAACGUCUCCAGCAUGUUGGACUUGCAGCUGUCCCACAACCAGCUGACUGAGGUUCCCCUCAUUCCUUCAGGCCUCGAACAACUUCACCUCGACCACAACAAUAUCAAAAGUGUGAGUGGCUCCAGUGUCUGUCCUGUUGCUGUCGAAACCGUUGACGACUCCGUCAAUGACAGCGUUCCUCGUCUGCGCUACCUCAGACUGGAUGGCAAUGACAUUAAGCCACCAAUUCCCAGGGAUGUCAUUCUGUGCUUCCGUCUCCUGAGAUCCAUCGUCAUAUAGGAAAAAAUCAUGCACAUGUUGAAGACGAAUUCUAAUUUCCCACGACUGAAGAUGACCUGUGAAUCUAUGCAACAAAAAUGAUGGCAUGAGAAAUAUUUGCAUGUUUGUCAAGCCCAAAUAUUUGACACUUGUUGACUUAGGAAAAAGUUUCUUUUAAUUCCUGAAAACUUUUCAGUGGAAUUUGAGUAAAAUUUCAGAACAAUAUUGACAAGGAACUGACGGGUUAGAAGCUUUAUUGAUGCUUUAUUAAAUCUGUUGACCACUAGUUGUGCCUUAUAUUUAUGUAAACAUCUGCAUGUACAAGUCAGUGAAACUCUGAUUAUAAUAGUGUGACAUUGAUUUAGACGGAUAGGAGAACAAAAAUGUGUUAAUAACAUGUGGAGGACUCGUUGUCAUGAUGCUUUUUGGAUCAGGAGACAAAGCUUAUGAUUAUGAAUGUGUAGGAAUAUAUCACUUUUCUUUUUUUCUAUAAUUUCAGGUAAACCUUUGCUUUAUACUUGUAGACUUGAAGCCAAAUGAAUGGUCUUGUGUUCUAGGUUUGUCUUAUUUACCCUAGAAAAUUCUUCUAAAAAUAAACAUAUUUACUGUAGGUAAUUUAUUUUUAUUUAAUACUGGAGAAAAAAUAAGUAGAAACCUGUGAAUAUUCAUGGCCAAUAUUCCUUAAUGUUUUGUAUACAAAAGAAAUGUGAUUAUCUGUUUUUAAAAGAUGCCAACACACUUUUUAAUU